AGUAUAGGAAGUCAUUCUAGAGCAACACUAGAACGAUUACAGGCAAAGGGGGAGCGUGAUGUAGAGGAGUUAGCCUUCCGAAUCUUCACACCACAACUUUGAGAGAAAGUUCAAUAUCCAUAACAAAAGGACGUGGACUACACAGACAGACCCACUGGUCUUCAGAUUCACUAUUGAAUGUAACAACAUCUUCUUGGACGUAUAUUUUUUAAAACGUGGAUUCGGUUUUUGUUAAUUUUCAUGACCAUUUCGAUCAUUAUAUUUGUUUGACUUUUAGGAGUACACGUGCCUCUGUGUUCUCUUAUCGUUUUCGUUUAAUUUUGAUUUAUAUGGAGGAUACAACCGCCGUCCUAAUGUGUGUUACGAAGACUUAAAUCACCACUUUCUUCAUUUUCGUACUAUGGAAUCCUCCAGCGGAUCGAAUUUUGGAAUAGACACUAUUUUAUCCAACGCUACUAAUUCUGUUAAUCCCGCGCUAAUGAACGGAGAUUUCCGUCUCGGUGACAGCAGGACAGUGGAUUUCAGCAGAAGCCAGGCCACCCCGUCCCCGUCAUGUUCGGACAUAGAUACGGUGGGAACGGCCCCCUCUUCCCCCAUCUCGGUCACCAUGGAGCACGCAGAGCCGCAUCUGCUCCAAGACAGCAUACCGCACCACCACCACCACCACCACCAUCACAACCAACCAGGGAGUUUGCAGCUAUCACCCCAGCCACAGCAACUGGGGGCUGGGGCCGGUUGUGCCCCCAGGACUGCCACCUCUUCGUUUUUAAUCAAAGACAUUUUAGGCGACAGCAAACCCCUGGCAGCGUGCGCUCCUUACAGCACCACGGUACCGUCACCCCAUCACACCCCUAAACCAGAGAGUGCUAGGGACAGCGGGGACGGCUUCAGGCCCAAGUUGGAACAAGAUGAAAACAGAAGCAAGUUGGACAAAAGAGACGAUAUGGAAAUGAAAUGCAACGGAACAAAAGAAGAGAAUGAACGGGAAAUUUCGAGUAGCAGAGAGAGUCCUCAAUCUCGGUCAAAAAAACCUCGCAAAGCACGGACGGCCUUUUCUGACCACCAACUCAACCAGCUCGAGCGAAGCUUCGAGCGCCAAAAAUACCUCAGCGUACAGGAUCGCAUGGACCUCGCCGCAGCCCUCAACCUGACCGACACACAGGUGAAAACCUGGUACCAAAACCGACGGACGAAGUGGAAAAGACAGACAGCGGUCGGGUUGGAGCUACUGGCUGAAGCCGGAAAUUAUUCCGCAUUACAAAGAAUGUUCCCGUCGCCCUAUUUCUACCAUCCGAGUUUGUUGGGCACCAUGGAUAGCACGACAGCAGCCGCUGCAGCCGCUGCAAUGUACAGCAGCAUGUACCGGACUCCGCAACAACCACAUCCCGGUCUCCAGAGACCCCUUGUCCCAAGGGUACUCAUCCAUGGCCUUGGGCCGGGGGGGCAACCGGCAUUAAACCCGUUGGGUAACCCCAUGCCCGGCACGCAGCAUCAGCGGUAGAGAUUUAACCACAUGUGAUGUGAGUACUGCGCUGAACGAACGAUGAAAAGUACUGAAAAAGACACUAUAUAAAAGACAAUUUUACAGAAGAAGUAAACGGAGGUACUAUUUAAUUUGACUGCGAGACAGUUCUGUCGUAACCACGAACUGUAUCCUAUGUCUGCAGGAUCAAGUCGAGGCCAUGACAGAAAAAGGACUGUUCAUAUGUCUGAUUGUUUGUUUGUUUUUUUGUACAAAUACACUUAUACUAGCAAAUAAACUUAAGAAGUUUAUUAAAUGGAGAGAAAGGGUUGAAUAAAGAUUGAAUGAUACUAAAA